CAAACACCUAACCUUCAGGACGACUAUAACAAGAUGUAACGAUUUUGAAACCCGUCAUACGUUAGCCAUGACUCCCAAACUUGGUUACUGGAAAAUCAGAGGCUUUGCGCAACCGAUUCGCCUUCUUUUAGAAUAUGUUGGAGAAAAAUACGAGGAGCGUUUGUAUGAUCGUGAUGAGGCUGAUGUGUGGAAAGCUGAGAAAUUCAAAUUAGGUCUUGAGUUUCCAAACCUUCCAUAUUAUAUUGAUGGUGACUUUAAGUUGACACAGUCUAACGCUAUCAUACGUUAUAUUGCUGAUAAGCACAAUAUGUUGGGUGGCUGUCCAAAAGAACGUGCGGAAAUUUCUAUGUUUGAAGGAGCAGUUAUGGAUAUUAGAGUCAGUGCUUCAAGAACUGCAUAUAGUAAGCAAUAUGAAACCCUCAAAAUUGACUUUCUCAACAAACUUCCAUCAAUGCUGAAAAUGUUUGAAGAUCGUUUGUCUGACAAGAUGUACUUGAAUGGUGACAAA